AUGGGUGGCAUUCCGUCCAAGCCCCAGGAGGGCAAGUCGCUAAAGGUGAUUGGAGCUGGAUACAGCAGGACUGGCACUGUUUCCAUGCAGAUGGCCCUGGAGAAGCUGCUCGGCGGGCCUGUAAUGCACGGCGGCACCACAAUACUCGGUCGCGAAGACGAACACUGCAAAAAAUGGGUACAUGCAUACCGCGCCAAGCGCUCGGGCGACUUUGCACUCACCUGCGACCUGAUCCGGGAGCUGACGGCCGGGUUCGUGGCCGUGACCGACAUGCCCCCGCUUGACUUCAUCCCGGAGCUGAUGGCGGUGUACCCGGAGGCCAAGGUGGUGCUGGUCACGCGGGACCCCGAGUCGUGGCUGGCCAGCAUCCGGCCGGUGGCCCGCAACAGCAGCCUCGACAAUUGGCUGGUGCAGUACGCGCUCUGGCCGAUUCCGGGCUGGAGGCAUUUCCCAGCGCUGAGUGCAGAGUUUGGCACCAGCACAAGGGAGUAUCUGGGGAUUGUGGACGACUCCGUCACGAACCCGCUGCCCUGCGCUGAAUUGCUGCACAAUUGGAAUGCAAGGGUAACGGCUACCGUGCCAGAGGAUAAGCUUCUCGUGAUGGAGCUCAAGCAAGGGUGGGAGCCUCUGUGUGGGUUUCUGGGACUGCCAGUGCCGGACGAGCCACUGCCUCGGGCUAAUGAUGCUGCAGCGGCCGGGGAAGCUUAUCGUGAGAUCUCAGACCGGGUUCGGGAGAUUUGGCUCAAUGGAUUUGCUGUCGCGGGGGUCAUGGGCUUUGCUGCGUGGAAGACGUGGGCUGUUUCUAGGCAGUAA